UGUGUUAUGACAAAUAUUCUUUUGUGUGAAUUCUUAAAGGCGUUAUGUGAACAGCUUGUGCAGCUCUCCCGCGGCCUGACUGCAGCAGCGCGCCAAGCAAGCGACCGGAGGUGACGUCAGCCGCGAACGUAAACAAUGAUUCUACAUCCGCUUCUCAUGAACGGGCACAUUUGUUUUUAUAAGGGUCGGUGUGUGUGAUUCUGUAUUAAGAUGUUAACCGCGAUCGGGUGAAGGUGUGCGUGACGUCACGCGAGGUGUCAUUUUUAGCUCGAGCUGUGAGCGAGAAACAGACGGUUUUGGUGUGGAGUCAGUGAAUGAGCAAGAGAAAGGUUAUUUAAAAAAAAUAAACUCAACAGAACGGGCUUUGCACACAAAGCCUUGAGAUGGAGAAGAUGACCAGGGUCAGCACGAUCAGCGGCUGUACCAUGUUUUGCCACCUGGAUGCACCUGCCAACGCCAUCAGCGUGUGUCGGGAUGCUACGCAGGUGGUGGUUGCCGGGCGAAAUAUUUUCAAGAUUUACGGUCUGGAGGAGGAUGGUUUCGUGGAGCGGCUGAACCUGCGCGUGGGACGCAAACCCUCGCUGAACUUCAGCUGUGCGGACGUCAUGUGGCAUCAGAUGGAGGAGAACCUGCUGGCCACCGCCGCCACUAACGGAGCCGUGGUGACGUGGAAUCUGGCGCGGCCCUGCCGUAACAAACAGGAGCAGCUGUUCACCGAACACAAGCGCACCGUCAAUAAAGUCUGUUUUCACCCCACUGAGGUCAACAUGCUGCUGUCUGGCUCUCAGGACGGAUUCAUGAAGUGUUUUGACCUGCGCAAGAAGGAGAGCGUCAGCACCUUUUCUGAAAACUUUCACUCGAUUUAUCUCCAAAUCAUCUUUGCUGACUCUAUCGCCUUCAAACGGCUGGGUUGGCUCGCCACAGGUGGACGUGACAAGAUGGUGAAAGUCUGGGACAUGUCGACCAACCGCGUGAAGGAGAUCUACUGCGUUCAGACCAUAGCGUCGGUGGCCAGGGUGAAGUGGCGUCCGGAGCGCAGAUAUCACCUGGCCACCUGCUCCAUGAUGGUGGACCACAACAUCUACGUGUGGGACGUCCGCCGGCCGUUCAUCCCCUUCGCGACCUUCGAGGAGCACAAAGACGUGACCACAGGAAUCGUGUGGCGGCACCAGCAUGACCCCUACUACCUGCUGUCAGGGUCCAAGGACAGUACGCUGUAUCAGCACAUGUUUAAAGACGCCAGCAGACCUGUUGACCGCGCCAAUCCUGAGGGACUCUGCUUUGGGCUGUUUGGAGACCUGGCGUUUGCUGCUAAAGAGAGUCUGAUGACUGCUCCCCAAUCUGUAGGGGACGGGGGGCGUAAAACCUACCCGGGUGGCGAUCGGCGGUACCCCAUCUUCUUCUUCAAGAAGCCCGAUGUGAGGGAGCAGUUUGCGCAGGUGUCGAGUGCGCUCAGUGUGUUUGAGAGUGAAGCGGGCAGCAGUGUCGGGAUGGACUGGUUCAUUAACACCGCGCAGAGUUACCUGCUGAGCGGGAAACCCUUCGCCGAACUCUGUGAGCACAACGCUCAAGUCGCCAAGAGACUCAACAGACCGCAGGAAUCAACCACAUGGACAAUGCUGCGAAUCAUGUUUUCAGAGCCGGCUAAUCCGUCCCUGUCAACCAAUCACAGCCUGAAUAAAUCAGGAAACCUCCCACUCGUCAACAGCUUCAGUAUGAAGGAGAUGAGCGCUGCUCUCAAUGAGAGAAACAAAGAAAACAGACAAGACAACCUCCACAGCCUGGAGACCAACCUCAACAACAAUGACGAGAACGAGGAGACGGAGGGCAGCGAGGGUCAGGCCGAGUAUCUGUUUGGAGACGCUGAACUGGACGACGAUGAUCUCUACAGCAUGGAGCACGACAACCAGGCAGCAGAGGAGCCCGAGUACCUGCUCCCUCAGGAGGCGUUCCCCUUACGGCACGAGAUCAUGGACCAUCCCUCGGCCCCGGAGCCGGUGCAGGAGAAGCCCGAGUCGCCCCACGUCAGCGGGAGCGAAGCCGAGAGCACGUGUCUGACUCCCAUGGAGUCCUUCAGUCUCAUUUCCGUCUCGCAGCUGCUGUUCUCGCCUCACCUGCCGCCCAAGUUCUUCUGCCCCAUCGUGAAGGAGAUGCUGUGCUACUACGCCGAGCAGGGCGACGUGCAGAUGGCUGUGUCCGUGCUAAUCGUACUGGGCGACCGCAUCCGUAAGGAGAUCGACGAGCUCAUGCAGGAGCACUGGUACAUGUCCUACAUCGACCUGCUGCAGCGCUUCGAGCUGUGGAACGUCAGUAACGAGGUGAUCAAACUGAGCACGUGCGGCGCCAUCAUGUGUCUGAAUCAAGCCUCCACCACCUUACACAUCAACUGCAGCAACUGCAAGCGACCAAUGAGCAACAAGGGCUGGAUUUGUGACAGGUGCCACCAGUGUGCGAGCGUGUGUGCGGUGUGUCAUCACGUGGUCAAAGGCUUGUUUGUGUGGUGUCAGGGCUGCAGUCACGGAGGACACCUGGAGCAUGUGAUGGAGUGGCUGAAACAGUCCAAACACUGUCCGGCCGGCUGCGGACACCUGUGUGAAUACACCUGACACACACACACUCGGCUGCUACGUAUGAGGAAAAAUAUGUAUCACUAAUGAUUAGAUGAUAAUCAAACACAAAGGGAAUCUGGACACAAUCAAAUGUGUGCUAAAAACAAUCAGCCAACUCUUUUUUUUUUUUUUUUAGUUUUUGAAGAUUUAGUUUUAUAAAUACAGUCUCAUGUACAUAAGAGAUGCACCUGCUUUGGGAAUGUGAUUCAUUCACCUUGAAAAUAUUCUUGAAAAUUGUGUAAAUGAAGAACACAUUGCAUUUAAAUCAGAUUUAUUUAAAAAGAAACACUGGUGUUUGCCAAUAAAGCCAGUCUUUACUAAUCAUCUCUGAGGGUUUGUAUACACCAAGACACAAAAACAUAUUAAAAGUUACUUUU